AUGGACAUUGAAACGAAAAUAAAACAAGACAUGAAAUCUCUUGGGUGUACAUCAGACAGGAAAAUAGCGUUAGCAUAUCAAUUAUAUAUUUAUUUGAUUGAUGAAAAACUUAUGUAUGACACAGAAUAUUGCUAUAAUAAAGAUGUCGAUUCCCUGUAUGUAGUUGCAAGACCAAAUAAACAAGAAAAAAUAAACAUAUAUGUGCCAAUUCCCACCAGUUUUGAUAUCAGCAUGGAGUUUAUAAGUAAAAUGCAGGAAAAUUUAUGUACUGUAGAAACUGGUCCCACGAUAAACCUUGCGUUUAUUGAAGAAGACUUCACAACAGUUAUUUAUACAUUUACAAAAGGCUUAGUUGAACGUCCGUCUCUAGAAAGAACAAAUCAACAAAAAUGUAGAGAAGAGAAAAGGAGAUUCAUUAGCAGUGAGCUCAAGAAGAAUCGGAAUGAUAUUUUAAAUGAUGCUUUAAAUGGUGGUUUUGUGGAUGAUGAUGACUGUGAAAUAGUGGAAUAA